AUGAGACGUCAAACGGCUGCCAUCUUUGUCCUCCUUGGUCUUCUCGCCGUCUUUGUGGUACAAGGAUCAACUGACGACACUGAUGCAUCUGAAGACACUGCUGAAUCUCCAGCUCCAGAUAAUGCUAAUACGGUCGCCCCUAACGUCGGCGCUGCUAGCACAUCAACUGCAAAAGAAUCAGCAACUGAUCCACCACCGGCUGGAACUCCAGCUCCUGAAAAAGCCGCUGAAGCUGAAGCAGCUGAAGCAACUGUAGCAUCAUUCACUCCGAUCUACUCAACCUUGGCUGCUUUUGCCAUUGUGUUGGCUCAUGCUCUCUGA